CCAUUUUCCACAUCUCUCUCUCUCUCCCUCUCCCUUUUUUCUUUUCCUUCCAAUUUCCACUUGUUUUAAGCUUCCACAAUAUCACACUGUGACUAACUAUAACUAUACGUAUAUAAACUCACUUUUAAACUCCCAGCCCUCUCCCUCUCCUCUCUCUCGCUCUCUCUCAAGACAGCCACGAUUUUCGUGAUCCUAUUCCCAUUCACGAAUUCCACAACUUUCAGCCUGCUUUUCUGUUUCAACCCCUUCAGGAAAGCCGUUUCUUUUGGUGUUUUGUUUGUGUAUGCGUCCGGUUCCGCGUGUGAAAACGAAUACGCACACACUCAAACACGCUGUUGCUUAAUAAGCAAAGGUUUGUACAUGUGUUGGCACAAAUCCCUACGCCGCUCAGCCCACUAAUAGGUAUAAAGAGGGCUUCGGUUAUGGAAUUCUCGAGGUGGGGCGGUGGAUUCCGCGGCGAAAGUCGAGAUUUUUUAUAGCCAUUUUUGGUUUUACUGAAGCUCAUGUUCGUUCUUCAUUACCGAAAGUCGACAUUUUUUCUGACUGAUUCUGAUGCAGAUUUCGCAUUGAGGUAAGAGGAACUUGUAUAGGAGAAGAUGAUGCAACAUAAAAGAGGCCCUAUCUCUCUCGAGCAAAACAGCUUCGUGGACAUUAUGCCAAAACGACUAAAGACUGAUGAAUCUCUUUCUUCAAAGGAGAAGAAAGAGAAGAUUAGCGAACGUAUUUCUGCUCUUCAACAGCUUGUCUCACCAUAUGGGAAGACCGAUACAGCUUCUGUCCUUUUAGAAGCAAUGGAGUACAUAAGGUUUCUUCAUGAACAGGUUAAGGUACUGAGUGCUCCAUACUUGUAUAGUACACCAACACAAUUACAGGGGGAAGAAGGAUCCAGCCUCAGCACCAGAGGGUUAUGCGUUGUGCCUGUCUCAUUCACCGUUGGAGUUGUUAGCAGCAACGGUGCAGAUAUAUGGGCGCCCAUCAAGACGAGCCCUACGAAUUCUAAACGAGCCAUAUCGGAUGAAGCUUCGGUGAUAACCCAAAGUUGAUUCAGAUUGUCAGGUCAACUAUUACUAUUAGCCAGUCUGCAUGAACGAGAAUGAUCGCAUUUUAGUUAGAAGCUAUUGAUCUGAGAAUGAGUUGUUGUUGAUGAUAGUGUAUGUAUGAAUUAAGAUGUAAAUUUAUGGGAAUGGUGGGAAUAAAUCAACACUUUUUUCUUUCUUA